AUGGCGAUCAAGAAGAGAAAUAAAAUCAGAUUACCAAGCGAUCCUCCUGAAGAGAUUGAAGGCGAUACUUCCGUGCAUAGGCCCAUCCAGCAAAUAAAGCCUGGAUUACUGAAUACUUUGGAAGAUGAUGACGGUGAGAUUUGUGAAUUACAGCCGAUAAGGUUUAAAAAAGUGCCUAAACGAGUCAUUACAUUUGGUGAUGAACAGGAAGAUGAUUCGCACUACAAUGAGCUUUAUAACUCGAAGAAAGAUAACAACGCAUGGAAGAAGGACAACGAUGACGUGGUGAUUUUAAAUAUGGAAGAUAUGAUGGAAGGACAACAUCAACUGUUAAGUGAUCCUCUCGAGAAUGGGGAUAGUUUAGGAGACAAGCACUCAAUAAUACCAACUCGCGAAGAAAUUAAAUUAAAGGAACAGAAAUCUAUAUCGAGAAAGAAUCUUAGUAAAAGCAAUGUUGUAAAAGAAAAGGAUUAUGUCAAAUUAUUGGACAGUGAGGAUAAACGCGAACUCAUGGAGACAAUAAAAUCUAACGGGGGCUUAAAACGUUCAAAUGAAAAAGAGCUUGAAAAUUUUAGUGACGAUGAAUUGCAAGGCUUUCAGGAUGAAAGACUGGCCCUCACAGAAAACCAAAUUGCAAUUCAAAAAGAUGCCAAAAAGAAGGUUAUUGAAGAGGCUUUAGGUGUCACGGCAUAUAGAGUAAAUGAAGAAUGGGAAGCGCAGCUUCUAAGCAAGGGGAAUGUACUCAAACCUAAUGAAGCGGUUAUUACACCGUUACCAAUACUUUUUCCUGAAGAUGGUGAAAACGGAAACAACAUGGAGGAAAUAACCGAUAUGGUCUUAAAUAUCCGCUUACAAAGGAAGAAGGUUGAAUUAAGAUUACAAGCUUUACAAAAGGCAAAAAUGGACUUGGAAAAUUCAAAAGCCAACCUAAUAAGUAAGCUCAUAGACAAAUGA